AUGGCUCAAUGGUUAAAAGCGCCUUGUCUUGCUGCUACAGUGGCUGGAUUCAAAUACAAAGAAAUCCCCGCUUAUCAUAUGCAAUGUGUAUGUUUUUGUGACUUCUGUGAGAUAGAGCAACCAAAAGGAUCACUCAACGAACAUUACAAAUAUCGGUGCCCUAUGUUGAUGAAAUGCCCAUAUUGCUCUGACCUCAAAGAGGUAAACCAGUAUUACAAGCACAUCAAGGGAGAAUGUAUUUGCACAGUGAACAAUGAAGACCUCAAGGACAUCGCAAAAGAUAGAUGUCCUCUGUGCAAAGCCAAAGUUCUCGAUUUGAUGUGUUCUAGAAACGAAAGCUUCUCAUUAAUCUCCAAGUCUAUAAUGGUUAGGCCAUAUAUAUAUAUAUAUAGUAUUAGGGAUGCACCGAAGUUCGGCCCCGGCCAAUAUCCGGCUUUUUUUUCAAAUCCGGCCGAGUCCGGCCUCGGCCGGAUUUAA